UCCGUGUGUAUCCGCCAUUCAUGUAUCCGAGUGAGAAUUCUCGUUGUUUUCUGUGUGUAGAGGCGGGACCAUUGGACAGGUACACCAAUUACACCUCGAUAAUAAUAUUACAACAAUAAAUAAUAAUUAAAAAGGUACCACUGAGUCCCAGAAGAGCCGAUAAUUAUCGCCCAACGAGAGAUUGGCUGACCCCCAGGGGCGAAAUUGCUUCACCAGAAGAAGAGAUUAAAUUGGAAAAAAAAAAAAAUUGCGAGGAAUAUGGUGACGCUGAUAUUUGCGGGACAUUGUAAAAACAUUAAACGAUUCGAUUAACGAAUAUAUCGGAUAAUCGGAUUGAGUUAUGAUCGAGUGCAGCCUAUAUAAAUAAAACCCCAGAAGAAGAUUGAACCGGUGAAAGCGCAGAGUGGAAAUAAAUAAUAAAAAUGGGAGCAUUUUUGGACACCCCAAAUACCGAAAAGUACAAUGAGCACGGGUCAGGGAAUGAUUUGAGAUAUGGAGUGGCGAGUAUGCAGGGAUGGAGAAUGGAGAUGGAAGAUGCACAUCGUGCGAUAACAGGUCUAGAAGGUGGUCUAUCAGACUGGAGUUAUUUCGCAGUAUUUGAUGGUCAUGCAGGUGCUCUCGUAUCAGCCCACAGUGCAGAGCACUUGCUCGAAUCCAUAAUGCAAACCGAGGAGUUCAAGGCUGAGGACGUGAUCAAGGGAAUUCACUCGGGUUUUUUGAGACUCGACGACGAGAUGAGGAGUCUACCCCUCAUAACUGUCGAAAAAUCUGGUUCAACAGCUGUUUGUGCUUUCAUAUCACCCAAGCACAUCUACAUCGCCAACUGUGGUGACUCCAGGGCUGUCCUCUGCAACUCUGGUAAUCCAGUUUUUGCGACUAGAGAUCAUAAACCUGUACUGCCAGCUGAGAAGGAGAGAAUUCAGGCUGCUGGAGGCAGUGUUAUGGUGCAGAGAGUCAAUGGCUCACUCGCUGUUUCCAGGGCACUUGGGGAUUAUGAGUAUAAAAAUGUACAGGGACGUGGACCCUGUGAGCAACUUGUGUCCCCAGAGCCUGAGAUCUUCGUCAGGGAUCGUGAUGCACAGAGUGAUGAGUUCCUGGUGCUUGCGUGUGAUGGCAUCUGGGAUGUCAUGACUAAUGAGGAUCUCUGUGAUUUUAUUUACUCCAGACUACUACUCACUGAUGACUUAGAGGCUGUUACCAAUCAAGUUAUUGAUACUUGUCUUUACAAGGGCAGCAGAGACAAUAUGAGCAUAGUACUAGUGACAUUUCCAGCAGCACCAAAGCCAAGUGCCGAUGCACAAAAGAAGGAGGCGGAAUUAGAAAUGGCUAUCGAGAGGCGAAUCAAAGAAAUUGUGGAGCAGCAGGAGGGAAAAGAUGGCUUUGAUUAUCUCCAGUUAGUUCAGCUCCUCGUAGAUCAGGAUCUGCCAAAUUUACCUCCAGGUGGUGGUCUUCCAGCAAAACAACUCCUGAUUGAACAAGUUUUUCGCGAAGUAUGCCCCAGCAGAGCGAAGAGCAUAUUGAUGACGCAGUUUGUCAACCCCUUCGAAACGGAACAGCAGAGUUCAUUUUUAGAUAAACUUCGAGAAAACUGUCAAUUCGCUGAGUCCAAUGAUUGAAGUCCUCUUUUCAUUUCUCUCAUUUCUGUCCAAGAGAUCGGAUUUUAAUGACAAGUAAUAUCAAUUAUUUUCUGUGUGCUUUAUAAAUUCUCCUGUUUCAUUUAAUUAUCUGGAAAUAAUCAAUGUAUUUCAAUAAUUUUGUUAUUAAUUCUCUGGAUUUAUUUAAUCUGAUAUUCCAACGUGUGGAAAGGAUAAAUAAUGGAAUCAACAGUUUUAGGUAUUUUAUAUCAUUUAUUCUCGUGGCAACAUCAUUAUUUUAUUGUUCAGUUAUUAAUUGAUGAUUUUUAAUGCGUCGAUGUGAAUUGAAUUGAAAAAAUAGUUGUGUCCCAUUGGAUGCGGAUAUACAGAAUAUUUUGUGUACGUUAAAAAAUACCUAUUUACUUAUAAAAAUGAAUGAAACGACAAAAAAAUAAUCACGAUCCAUUGAUCGCUGGUGUUGUUGUACAUAAUGUGUAUAAUAAUUGAUGAAAUAUCUUUUUUGCAGUAUGAAAGAUUUUUUUUUUUCUUCUUUUCGGUGCCAAAGGGUUUUUGGUCCACAGGGGUGGGACAGAUUCUCGUGCCAACGGUUUAUCAAUCUUUUUUCUUUCUUUUAUUUAUUGUAAUUGCAGUGUUUUACAUGUCUAAUAUCUUCGCAUGUUUUAGAAAUUUUUAUGUUCGAUUUACUCGGCUGCGCAUUCAGUAAUUAUUAAUAAUGAGAGAAUUAUCGCUCGCCACCCACCCUUGAACAUUUUUAUAAUGUUUAUUUGAUUGAAUUAUUUCGGGGGAUAUGUGGAUUCAUCUUGGGAGGCUCGACUGACUUUCGUCAUUCAUUUCGUCGUUCAAUUUGAUUUGUUAAUUAAUUUAUUG